UCCCAUAAAAUGCUGCGCAUGGCUAUUCCGAAGUUGAGAUUGUGCUUGCGUUGUUGAGAAAUAGAGUUGAUGUCGCAGUUUGUCAGUUUUGUCCACGAUGUCUCUGUUCUCGCAGUUUGUCUGUCUGUUCUUGCUCGCCACUCUCAGCCUCACCCGAGCGCUGUACUUCCAUAUCGGAGAGACGGAGAAAAAAUGCUUCAUCGAGGAGAUUCCUGACGAGACCAUGGUUAUCGGGAAAUACCGCAUACAGCUCUGGGACAAGCAGAGCAGCUCAUUCCUGCCGUCCACACCUGGCCUGGGGAUGCAUGUUGAGGUCGCAGAUCCAGGCACCAAGAUCAUGCUUUCCCGGCAAUAUGGUUCUGAAGGGUGCUUUACCUUCACCUCCUUCAUCCCUGGAGAGCAUCGGAUUUGUCUGUAUUCCAACUCCACCAAGAUGGCGCUUUUUGCUGGGGGAAAGCUGAGAGUCCAUCUGGAUAUCAAAGUAGGGGCCCAAACCAAUAACUAUGCUAAGAUUGCUGCCAAAGACAAGCUGACCGAGAUACAGCUCAGAGUCAGGCAGCUGCUGGACCAGGUGGAGCAGAUCCAGAUGGGGUACGACUACCAGCGGUACCGCGAGGAGCGCUUCAGGAUGACCAGUAAGAGCACCAACUACCAUGUGCUGUGGUGGUCCAUUGCCCAGACCAUCAUCCUCAUCAUCACCGGCAUCUGGCUAAGAAAAGACACCCAUCACACUUCUGAUGUGCAGAAGGUAAAGAGAGAGCCACCCCAAGCUUCUGGCUUUGGAAGCAAGCAGGUCAAGGUUGAUUCCUUGGCAAGUCCCAACGUGCUUGUAUCACAGGCCACAGUCUUCCAGAACACCAAAGACCAAAACCAGGAACCAGAGGAACAAGCUGGUGAAGAAAAUGAGGUUGAAUUCCAAGAAACUGCUGACCUCCUGCACUUGUUUAGUGAUCACGGGUGCCAGCUGCCCAAACACCAGUGUUGUGCUCCCUACCUAUCAAACUUUGUGUCAUCUGAGGAGGCAUUACUGGCUGAACACAGUGGUGCCAACAAAAGGCUCACAAGUCUACUUUUGCCAAGUUCUUUGAUCUCUGGAAUAAAACUGGACAAAGAAAAAAAGGUCUGGACUACAUCAAGCAGCGGGUGGAGCUCAUAACAGACCCUGAUGAGCUACAGAACUCCUCCGAUAAAGUUUUUUUUUUUUUAGCUUUUGUGAAGUCUUCUGUU